UUUCCCUUUAUUUCUAUGGUAACGGGACCUUGUUUUAAAAUUUGGAUAACUGUUUCGUCUAUAUUAUAUAAAAGAAAUAAUUAACUGCUGGUCAAACUAGUAAUUUAGGUUUAGACGUACUCCUUAAUACGGCUGAAAUUACCGAACCGAACAAGCUACUGUAAUACGUGUUCAAAUACAUUCGACAUAAUUAAAACAUAAAUAUUUUUGAACGAUUGGUAAUGAUUUGCAUUACGACAAAUAAAACUGAUAUUUUUAUAAGCAUAUACUUUUGUGGAUUCUGUCAAAUUAAUUUCGAUAACAAAAUGUUAUGUAUACAUUAUAUCUUUUGACGUAAUAUGCCUUGUACGUAAAGAAAUAUGUCAUAUUGGUAAAUAACUACUAUAUUGUAUUGGUACAAUUCGUUUCAAAGGGGUGGCACAGUUACAGGCUUUUAAUAUCACCGAACGUAAUUGGAAUGAAACUUGGUGUCUGGUAUUUUUUAUCGGGAGCUGUAUAAAUCCCUGGCGAGACCAGUGGCACGGGUGGCGAGCUCCACAGAACAGCUGCACUGUUGUCCCCUCCCAGCAACCACUGCGGUUUCUUGUUGUCACGGCUUGGCCGAUUUUGGGGGAGGCCCAUAGGACCUAGAUAAUACAUUAUACACAGUGGGGGGAAAAUAAUAAACUUGGAUUCCGAUACUCCAUGGAGCCUGAAGGAAUUGACUCAAUGCAAUCUUCAGGAGACCCUUUGUCACAGGCACUUCCUUUGAAUGACGAACAGAUGCUUAACUCUGCAGGCGGAUAUACAUGGGAGGUGACAGAUAUGACUCGUCUACACCGCUUUCUGUGCUUUGGAUCAGAGGGAGGUACAUACUACAUUAAGGAGCAGCAGCUCAGCUUGGAGAAUGCAUUAGCCUUAAUACGACUUAUAGAGGAGGGCAGAGGUUGUGAGGUGGUUCAAGAAAUAAAGACAUUCAGUCAGGAAGGAAGAGCUGCCAAGCCAAACCCUGCUCUUUUUGCCCUUGCUGUUUGCUCACAGCACUCAGAUGUAAAGACCAAGCAAGCAGCCUUCAAGGCUGUGAAAGAGGUAUGCCGCAUUCCAACGCACCUAUUUUCUUUCAUCCAGUUCAAAAAGGACCUCAAAGAAGGCAUGAAGUGUGGUAUGUGGGGCCGUGCCCUAAGGAAGGCAGUGGCUGACUGGUAUAAUGAAAAAGAUGCCAUGUGUUUGGCACUGGCAGUGACAAAAUAUAAACAAAGGAAUGGAUGGUCACACAAAGAUCUACUCCGACUGUCGCACAUGAAGCCUGCAAAUGAAGGAAUUGCUGUGAUCACCAAAUACAUCACUAAAGGAUGGAAGGAUGUUCAGGAUUCAUACAGAGACAAAGAAAAUUCAGAUGAUAUUACAAAGGUCCUAAAAUAUUUUGAAGCUGUAGAAAAAGUAAAACACACUGACGAUGUUUUGGAAGUAAUUCAUCUGAUAGAGGAACACAGACUAGUGAGAGAGCAAUUACUCACUAACCACCUAAAAUCUAAAGAGGUGUGGCAAACAUUGCUGAAGGAAAUGCCUCUUGCUGCCAUGCUGCGUAAUUUAGGAAAGAUGACUGCAGAUGAAGUUCUGGAGUUGGGCAGUUCAGAAGUAACUUUGGUUUGUGAAAGACUUCAAAAUGAAUCUGUUCUGAAGCAGGCUCAAAUUCAUCCUUUCAACGUCUUAGUUGCUUUAGAGACAUAUAAUAAAGGCUGUGGGAAUCGAGGAAAACUAAAAUGGGAACCAAAUAAGGACAUCCUUCAGGCCUUAGACAGUGCGUUCUACAAAAGCUUCAAGAAUGUUGAGGCCACAGGAAAACAUUUUGUUUUGGGUGUAGAUGUUAGCGCUUCAAUGAGCAGUACUGUUUUAGGGAGUUCUGUCAGUGCUGCUACUGCUGCUGCAGCUAUGAGUAUGGUUGUUGCACAGACAGAAGUUGACUGUCAGAUUGUGGCUUUUUCUGACAAAUCCAUGGUUCCUUGUCCAAACAUUGCAGAAAUGACCCUUGCACAAGUAAUGGAAGAAUUCAAAAAGAUUCCUAUGGGGAGCACUGAUUGCUCUCUUCCAAUUCUUUGGGCCAUGGAGACCAAUACUGCAGCUGAUGUCUUUAUCAUUUUCACUGAUAACGAGACCUGGUUUGGGGACAUUCAUCCAGCAGAGGCACUAAGGAAGCAUCGAAAUAAAAUGGGUGUCUUUUCCAAAUUAAUUGUCUGUGGGAUGACAUCAAAUGGCUUUACUGUUGCAGACCCUGAUGACAGAGGCAUGCUGGAUAUCUGUGGCUUUGACUCUGGAGCUUUAGAAGUCAUCCGAAAUUUUGUUUUGGACCUGAUCUGAAAGAAUGAAAUACAGGUGAAAUACAGAAGGAUAAAGCAAUUCACGUAGAUGAAAAACUGUAACAGAAAAGCAUAAAGGCCUUUUUUAAAUUACUGUUAAGAAAACUGACAUGCCCAUAAGAAAAAUUUAAUUUUUAAAAUAACACAAAAAUAUCCACACAGACCUAAUAAAUUAAUUGUGAAUCUGUUUUGCCUGGACUGUGUAACAGUUAUGCAAGGGUUACUUUAGAGUUGUGUGGACAUUUGUUAAUUGUCCAGCAGGCUGGAAAAAAAUCUAAAAUGGAAUCUACAACAGUGUUAAAAACUAAACUUAUACGUUUAUCUUAUUAUAAUCACAUUCUCUUGUGAAGAUGCCCUUCUCCAACAUUAUGUACACAAUAUAGCAUACGGUUAAGUGUCUCUCUGUAAGCUUUUUUCAUAUUUUUUUUUUUCAUUACCAGCAGAAUAUCAUAUGGUACUUUGGUACAGUUAUUGUCAAGUAGCAAUAGGUUGUUAAAUCAUGAAAUAACAAAUCAUGUCAAAUCAUGAAAUAGUUCAACAACAAAAAAAGUAUAUUUAGUUAAAAGUACCCAAGUAUGCCGUCUGACAACUAACACUAGUACACAUUGUGCUUUGCUGGUAUGCCAGAUAUAGUAGAAAUUGUGAAACAAAACAUUUCAUAGUUUGAGAAGCACAUAUGUGGUUGAUGACUUUAGUGGGUUUGUAGAAAUUAAAAAAAAUAACAGAGGUUGCUUUUUAUAGUUUGUCUUCUUGUUGUUUUUUGUAGUACUGUUCAUGUCAUAAAGACUUAUGGUUCUCCAGAAAUACAAACUAUAUAUUUUCUGUAGAAAAUGUUUGAUGUAGCUUAUUAGGUGUAUUCAUUGUGCUAUUAAAAGAAAAAUCAAGAUUAUGGAGAUCACAAGAAUACGUAGAUUUUCAAAACUUUUAAUUCUACGUAAAAUAUUGCAUUCCUAAUAAUACAACAAAGUAGUAUUUAUUAUGAAUUAUCAAUCCUCUUUUACUUGCGUACUAAACUUGUUUCAUUAAUGUUCAUAAAGGAUAAUGCAACCCCCUGUUACUGUCUGCUAAGUUUGAGGCUGCUAGGAAGUGAUACUAUAGAGGACUAUAAAAUAAAGGCACAAAAUAGAAAUGUAGUAAAAUUAAUAUACAAAGGACCUUAUUCUUUAGUUUUUUUUUUUCAAUUUUUAUAUGUAACACAUUUGUUGAAUGUACCAUAUUACACUUUUAUAGCACUAAGUAACAUUCAUUUUUUUUAUUGUACACUAAUACCAGAGUUUGGAAUAAAUAGUCCUGUUUUUAAAACAUAAAGUAAUACUGUAAUUUGAAAUCUGACCUUGUUCUGAAAUGUCUGACCAUUCAACUGUGAAUUAAGGGCCCUUCCACAAUUUUGUUUCCUGAAACUGAAGCAAUUUUGAGUGAAAGUUUCUUAUUUUGAUUAUGUAGAAAAAACAUAAAAUAUUUAAAACUGUAUUUGAUUCAUCCAAAUAUUUAGUUCUGGAUUACAUCAAAAUUUAAGGUCUGGAAUUUGGAAUUGACAGUUGGAUCAGAAUUAUAAUCUGGGGCAUGUUACCAUUUAUUGUUUUGGAUCCAAAACCGAGCUAUUCAAAUUCAGAUUGGAGUCUAAAGCAAUGCUGUUGAAAGAGCUCUUAAACAGUUCAUCAGCACAUUUAUAUUUAAAAUUAGAUCUUGUUUUGAAGUGGUAUGUUUAAUAUUUCACUCUUCAGAACAAUAUUCCAUACUGAAGAGAUAGUAUCCUGUAGAUAGCAGAUCUAAUAACUAUAAGCACUUUUUCCAGAAAUAUAAAUGUGUUAGACACACAUUAAGUCUUGUGAGUGGAUUGCUUGCAUGAGUGUUGAUACAUCCUUUUGCAUAACAUUCCUUUUUAGGUGACGAGGUAACUUUCAAAUAUUUACAAUAUUUAAAUUGUAUGGAGACAUUUUUGUGUGUAAUAAAAUAUGAUCAUAUUUAACAUA